GAGGUUGAGGGGCCUGUCGCCCAGUUCACAUCUGCACAUGUUUGACUUUAGAUGUGUUAACCACAUAUGGUUAACCAUUGUCCAGAAACCUGAUGUUAAAUUUCAUGACAUUGGAGACCACGCCAAAUGAGCGUUUGAAUCAGGAAAGUUCUUUCUCAGGACCUCGACAAGCCAGAAUGCUGAAUACAAUACUUUUAAUUAUUUUGCCUGAUGUCUGUGCAGUUGGUCCUUUUGCAGGACAUCUCACUGGAGGCCACAGGAGCUUUGUGAAGCCAGCGGGACACAACACAUGGAGAGAUGACCAACCAAUCACUGUUGAUGAGGGGAGUGGAACCUCAACCAAGAAUGUUAUCGUGAUAGAGUCUGCAAAUGCAGAGGCUGCAGGUUCUGGGGUCAAGCUGGAGAGAUCUGAAGGAGAUGAGGACCCGCUGCACAGCAGAGACAUCCAGACUGGAGCAGCUCAUGGAGUGGCGCUCCCUGUAGCCACCGAGGACCUCACCACUACUGCUGCGCCCCAGACCAGGACCCGAUGCAGCAUCACGGAGUCUGCAGUCCAUGAGGACCUGCUGAUAUCCGGUGUUGCUGGCACUUGAGGAGCGGGACACUAAUCUGGACCCCUAUAAGAAAUCCAGAACGGCAAGAGGUACCGGAGCGCCAAGCCUAGGACCAAAAGGCUCCUCAACAGCUUCUACCCCCAAGCCAUAAGACUGCUGAACAAUUAAUCAAACAGCCACGGGAUUAUUGCAUUGACACCCCGCCCCCCCCCCUCCUCCAUUUGUUUUAUUGCUACUUGCUGUUUAUUAUCUAUGCAUAGUCACUUCACCCCUACCUACAUGUACAAAUUGCCUCUAACCUGUACCCCCGCACACUGACUCUGUACCGCUACCCCUUGUAUAUAGCCUUGUUAUUGUUAUGUUAUUGUGUUACUUAUUUUUUACUUUAGUUUGUAUGGUAAAUGUUUUUUUUCUUUUGUUUUUUUUACCUUUUUACUCCUUUUUUCUCCCCAAUUUUGUGGUAUCCAAUUGGUAGUAGUUACAGUCUUGUCUCAUCGCGGCAACUCCUGUAUGGACUCGGGAGAGGCGAAGGUCGCGAGCCAAGCAUCCCCCGAAACACAACCCAACCUAGCCGCACUGCUUCUUGACACAACGCACAUCCAACCCGGAAGCCAGUCGCACCAAUGUGUCGGAGGAAACACUGUACACCUGGCGACCUGGUCAGCGUGCACUGUGCCCGGCCCGCCACAGGAGUCGCUAGUGUGCGAUGAGACAAGGAUAUCCCUGCUGGCCAAACCCUCCCUAACCCGGACGACGCUAGGCCAAUUGUGUCGCGGCCAGCUGCGACAGAGCCUGGGCUCGAACCCAGAUUCUCUAGUGGCACAGCUAGACCACUGCGCCACCCGGGAGGCCCUUGUAAAUAUUUUCUUAACUCUUCUUGAAAUGCACUGUUGGUUAAGGGCUUGUAAGUAAGCAUUUCAAGGUAACUUGUUGUAUUUGGAGCAUGUGACAAAGUUUGAUUUGAUUUUCCUCUCCUGAAAACCCUGAGCAGUCGAGAGAUGGUGAACUCUCAGAAAUUGAACCUGAGAAAAAUGAUUUGUAAGAUCCUGCGCUGAGAGGUGAGGUGAAGGCUUCCAAGCCUCAACCGAAUCACCAGGAAAAUACUAGAGAUGACUUGGGCCCAGUGGGAGUACAAUUCUUGAGGAGCAUGCUAACAGAUACAUUGUGAUAUAGCUAGUUAGCAUUGGCUUGCGAAACUAGCUCUAACUUCCAUACUGGACAUAAAAAUGGUAUCCACUAGUUCAUCUGGGGAAGUAGUAUCCUGAAGUAUCCCUUUAAAUUGUACUGUACAGAUGGAAUGGAAAUCCCAGAAGAUUGAAUGGGUAGUAGCAGCAGAGAAGUUUUGGGGUGUCAUAUUUGAAUGUAGAAGGAACUACGGGGGUUUUGAGAGAAGGGGUUCCAGCCUCCCAGACUGAUGGUGUUGAUGUAGGACCUGUUAGGGCCAAAGUAGUGUGAAGGGGUGGUGGAGUGUGUUGGGAGAUAAUGCUAUAUAGAGAGCAAUUUUAAUGGUGUCUUUUCAUAGGCACUAACACCCUCCAUGGUUUGUUGUAAAAAGCCUAUAGGGAAAUUAAUGGAGUUUUUGUAGGGUUUUUGGAUAAAUGACGGAAAUAAGGUCUGUGGUAAACACAGGUUGUGUCUGAAUACCCAUACCAGUGUACUAUAUACUUAAACUGCAUGGUAUGUACUCAUCUCAGUGCUAGAGGCGUCACUACAGACCUUGGUUCGAUUCCAGGCUGUAUCACAACCAGCCGUGAUUGGGAGUCCCAAAGGGCGGCGCACAAUUGGCCCAGCGUCGUCCGGGUUAGGCCAUCAUUGUAAAUAAGAAUUUGUUCUUAACAGACUUUCCUAGUUAAAUAAAGGUAUAAAACAAAUUGUCUCAUACUAUUUAUGACAAUGUUUAGUAAAAAGUAUGCAUUAUGCCACAGCCGUAGCAUACUCCUUUGAUAUGGCCUCGCAGAUAUAAAUCAGAAAGUGAAUCCUCAAAAAUCUCUGGAUACACAGUUCUAAAUCCAAAUAUCAUCCCUAUUUAUAAAUCUGUUUUCAAAUAUGUUCAAUUCAAUGGUCAUGAUGAUUUUAAGGACAACAAAACACACAUUACAUUUUAACAGAGACUCUUUGCUCGUCUUCUUUGCCAACUUAAAAAAACUUCCAGAGAACUAUGAUAUCUCAAUGUCCUCCUUUUUUCCCCAGUUUGAAUGCAUUGUGGGUGUGAAAUGUCCAAAAAGUUUACAAUUCAUUCAUACUACAUGAGAAGCCGAAAUGACUAUGACAUCCAGGCAUUUAAAGCGUACAACAUUUUCAAAAUGUCACAUACUAUAAAACAAAACAAAAAUCACAUACUCAAACAGCCUUUCUAUUUAGGAUGUAGUAUGGGUAUUUGGAUACAACCACUGGCUUAGAUCUUAAACAUUUUGUUCUAUGACAAUCUUAAUCAGCUAACAUCAAGGCCUAAAAUAAACUUUUUGGUCCACCAGCCACUGGCAGGUACAGGAAAAAAUCUACCAGACACUCAGAUUUUUUUUAGCAGUCAAAUUAUUUUUGGGCCAUAAUUACAUACAUUUUUUUUUUUUUACAGAUGACCAUGCUUUGUAAUGAUUCUAAUACAAUUGUAUUAGUAAGAAGUAGUAUAUUACUAAAUUUCACAAAACAAUGUGUGACUUCAGUCUUUUAACCAAAAUAUCAGAUGAUGUUUCCCUUUUUUGUGAACAAAUGUGCAAUGCACUACCGAACAGUGAACAGCAGCAAUACGCAACAAAGCGUCUACCCGGCCGGAAAACUACACGAAGAAGUAGUAAACGGAAGUGAACAGUGAUCAAGAACAAUUUCCACGUUAGCGUUUUUUUUUUGUUAUUUAGACAUUUAUUAACACCCUGGAACUCAAAAUAGGAUUAAUUUAACUGCACAGCAUAACUUAUGUAUCCCUGGUAGUGUUUAAUUUGCGUUGAAGACAGUACUUGGUUGAUAUAGGUGAUAUAGUUCAUGAUAGUUAGCUGCUAACGUUAGCUAACAAUGGCUACCUGUAACUCAAACGUUAUGAUUUUUCACACUCAAAUAGCCUCCGUCAUGGAGGUACUAGCGAAUGCGGCCGUUGCAGAGAUCUGUAAACUCGUAGACGACGACUAUGCAGUGUUUCGUUUAGAAAUAACUCAAAGCCAGAAAGAAAACAGGGCAUUGCGGAGGAAACUACAGCUAAUUGAACUGAAGGUGGCACGGGAGCGCGCAGAGAGGACAACGCGAGAGCGCGUCUUCGCCAGUCGUCCCAGUAGUGUCAAGAACCUCGACCGAUACAGAGGAAUGACAAGAGGUGAAGGACAUCUCACUGGAGGCCACAGGAGCUUUGUGAAACCAACGGGACACAAAACAUGGAGAGAUGACCAACCCAUAGCUAUAGAUGAGGGAGGUGGAACCUCAAACCAGCAUGUUAUCCUGAUAGAGUCUGCAGAUGCAGAGGCUGCUAGUCCUGGAGGAUCGUCUCUGGUCAAACAGGAGAGGACUGAAGCAGAGGAGGACCCACGACACAGCAGAGACAUCCAGAUUGGAGAGGUUGGAGUGGCACCCCCUGUAGCCAUGGAGGACUUCGCCUCCGCGGCCCAUCCUAGGGCCCAAUGCAGCAUCACGGAGGAGGAGGAGGGUCCAGAGGUGCUGCUGGUGAAGGAUGAGGGUCUGGGGAACCCUGAGGGGGAGGACAACCAGACUACACCUCCUCCUGAACCCACUGAGGAACCAGCUGAGCAGCACAGGACCACACACAGUCUCACUGAGUCAGUAGACAUGGAGGAUGGGAAGUCUGAUCUGCUGCUGGUCAAAGAGGAGACAAUAGAAGAUGAACCAGAGAGCAUUGACCUGCUGAGUGGAGUAAAGAUGGGGGAGCAAGGUGAUUGGCUGGAGGCUAACAGAGGGGACUGGGCAGCCCUUUUGAAUUCCCAGACCCAGACUGGUGUAGCCAAGGGCCCAGGGGACAACAUCAAUGAGCAGGGCAGAACCAGAGGUGACAGGGUGGAGGUCAGUGGAUGGGACAGCGUCUUCAACUCUGGACUUGGGAACAACACUGUUAACCAGAAACAGACAGUCGAACACAAAGCAACAGCUGAACUUAGUCUCUAUGACGACAGACUGUCUGAGACCAGCGAGAGGGGUAGAUUUGGUCUGCAAGGACGGGGGCGUGUCCGUAUGCAGCGGGAGAGAACAGACACAGACUCGGCUAGCGAUGCUCCAUCCUGCUCCUAUAGUUGUGAUUCAGAGCGACUGAUGACACCUCAGGUAAACCCCCUAAAAGGUGCAGCCUUCAGCCUGCCGUCUAUAGGAUCUAUCAACUGGAACAUGGACCUUGCAAAAACACAGACCCUCCCUGGCCUUCGUCCUCCUCACACUCUCCUAAUGUUAAACCAGACCUCAGACAAUGCCAGUGCCUCAACACUAAAUGGCUACAUAUGCCCUUUGAGAAAUGACAGUAGUGGUGACACUAUCAUCAGAUCCGGUGGCAAAGAGAAGCGCUUCCCAUGUUCAUUCUGUGGGAAAGGCUUCAAUUUCCGCAAACAGCUGGAGAUCCACCAGAGGAUGCACACAGGGGAGAAACCAUUCACUUGUCACCUAUGCCGAGCCAGUUUCUCACACUCGUUCACCCUGAAGAGGCACCAGAGGGUCCACACAGGGGAGAAACCCUACACCUGCCCCCACUGUGAGAAGAGGUUCUCCCACCAGCACCAUCUGAAGAGGCAUUUGAAGGUCCAUACGGGAGAGAGGCCAUUCGCCUGCACUAACUGUGGGAAGAGGUUCUCAGACAGGAGCUACCUCAGGAUACACCAGCAGAAAAACCAUUCCCAUCUAUAACAUAGAAAGUAACUAUUCCACUCGAUAGCUUCUGAUGUUUAGAUCAGACCAUGCAUUAAAGACAAAUGCAUGUUUUUUUGUCAGCAGAAAAGAUCCACAAAUGCAUUUGGAAUAACAAGAGUAAUAGAUUUUAGAUUUUCAUCUAGACUUGUACAGUGCCUUCAGAAGGUAUUCACACACCUUAACUUUUUUCACAUUGUGCUAUGUUACAAAGUGGGAUUAAAAUGGAUUUAAUUGUACUUUUUAUGUUAACAAUCUACACAAAAUACUCUUUAAUGUCAAAGUGUAAGAAGAAUUCUAACAUUUGUAAAACAUUUAUGAAACAUAAAACACUAAUAUACUGUAUCCUGAUUAGUAUUCAUACAGUGCAUUCGGAAAGUAUUCAAACCCCUCGACUUUUUCCACAUUUUGUUAAAUUAUAAUCGUAUUCUAAAAAUGGAUUCAAUUGUUUUUUUCCCCUCAUCAAUCUACACACAAUGCAAAAACAGUUUUUAAAAACUUUUAGCACAUUUCAUAAAAUAUUUCUUAACUGAAAUAUCACAUUUACAAAAGUAUUUGUUGGAAGUUGAACCUUUGCCUCAGUUGGAGGUCCUGAGUGCUCUGGAGCAGGUUUUCAUCAAGGUUCUCUGUUCUUUGCUCCGUACAUCUUUCCCUCGAUUCUGAUUAGUCUCCCAGUCCCUGUUCGCUGAAAAACAUCCUCACAGCAUGAUGCUGCCACCACCAUGCUUCACUGUAGGGAUGCCGGCAGGUUUCCUCCAGACAUGAUGCUUGGCAUUCAGGGUAAAUAGUUACAUCUUGGUUUCAUCAGACCAGAGAAUCUUAUUUCUCGUGGUCUGAGAGUCCUUCAGGUGCCUUUUGGCAAACUCCAAGUGGGCUGUCAUUAGGGCUGUGGCGGUCACCAAUUUUCGUCAGCUGGUGAUUGUCAAGCAAAUAACUCUGUCUCACGGUAAUUGACCCUUAAUUAACAGACACGUUUAGCAUCUCCUGGCUUCCACACAUAGCCUACAAGCCACUGAUGCAGACCAUAGGAACAUCUACAAUUUAAAAAGCAUAAUAAGUCCAUGUAAUAAAGCCUACACCUUCACAAUAAAUCUAUUUAUUUUAGACAGGUCUAAAGAAGCAUGAUAUGAAGAAAAUGUAGUCUAUUUCACAAGAACAGAAUAGCAUACUCUGAGUUGUCCUUAUGUUAGGCCCAGAUCUGUCAAUGCCAAAUGGGUGUGGGCUACACUAUUUCAUUUAGUAGACAAGAUUUGCUUAGAAUACCGUGGCAUUAUUUUAUAGUAUGAAGAAUACAAUUGAACAAAGAUGAAAAAAAUUAAGGAUAUUUUCUCCAAAUGAUUUGAGGGAGUGCGCACAUGCAGUUAUUCUGUGUUGAGCGCUUAACAAAGAAAUAGGUAGUCCUAUAUGCUUAAUUUUGAGUUAUUAAUGUAACUUUAGUCGUCCUGCAAAUGUUGGGCUAUAUGUUUUGAUUUGUAAUAAAUUGUAA